UCUCUACAGUUCUCAUUGCAUUUUUUCUUUCUCUCUACAGUUACCACUACAUUUCUCUUUCUCUCUCUACAGUUACCAUUACAUUUCUCUUUCUCGCUCUACACUCCAAGUUUGGUGGUAAUGGCUUCCCCUCACAACCAGCAACCGAAAUCUCUCUACCCCACAGUGAUCGAAACAAAUCCAGAGCGAGACUCCGCCUUCUCCACAUCCAAACCAUCUCCAUCUCUUUACCCCGUCGUCGGCUCGGGCCCCCCUCUAACUGCUCCAUCUUCCUCCGCAAAAUCCAUGUAUCCUUCAUUCGAUAUGAAAGACCUCGUGGAAAACCUCUUCCCUGAUGAAAUCAACGAAAAGGGAAGCAGCGAGGCGCCCACUGCGCCACCGGAGGCCUGUGAGGAGGUACUGGUCUGUGUCCCGGGUGCGGUCGCCCACCUGAUUGAUGGUCAGCACAGCAUCGAGCUGGCAUGCGGUGUCCUCAGCAUCGUGCGCCUCGUCCAAGGCCCCAAUGUCAUCGCUGUCUUUGCUCGCAUUGCCGAUGAUAUCCAGUGGCCUCUUGCGAAAGACGAGACGGCGGUGAAACUCGAUGAAAACCACUAUUUCUUCACCCUUAGGGUUCCUGAUUCGGACGAGGAAGUUUCAACUGAUCCAUCAGACAAUAUUGUCAGUUAUGGCAUCACCUUUGCAUCGAAAGGUCAAGAAAAUCUCUUGAAGAAACUGGAUGGGAUUCUUGGGCAAUACAGUUGUUUCUCUGUGCAAAAGGUUUCCAAGGGUUCGUCCGAGGUUUUGGAUAGUUCUGUGGCCAAGGGGCUUGAGCCUUCGGAGGUGGUUUCAUCAGAAGAGAAGAAGAAGCUGAUGGAGGCGACAUCGGCUGCGUAUUGGACGACUCUGGCCCCGAAUGUGGAGGAUUAUAAUGGGUUGUUGGCAAGGACAAUUGCAGCAGGUUCAGGGCAGCUUAUAAAGGGUAUACUGUGGUGCGGCGAUGUGACAGUGGAUCGGUUGAAGUGGGGAAAUGACUUCUUGAAGAAGAGGACGGAGCCUAAUGCCAAGCCGGCUGAGGUUAGUCGCCAAGCCAUGAGAAGGAUGAAGAGGGUUAAGCGAAUGUCAAAGAUGUCUGAGAAAGUAGCAUCUGGAGUACUAUCUGGGGUGCUAAAGGUAUCUGGGUUUUUUACUAGUUCUGUUGUAAACUCAAAGGCAGGGAAGAAGUUUUUCAGUCUUCUACCUGGGGAAAUUGUUCUUGCCUCUCUUGAUGGGUUUGGUAAGGUCUGUGAUGCUUUUGAGGUAGCUGGGAAGAACGUCUUAUCAACUUCUUCAGUUGUGACAACAGGACUCGUUUCUCAUAGGUAUGGCGAAGAAGCUGGGCAAAUCACGCAUGAAGGACUCAAUGCAGCCGGGCAUGCACUUGGCACUGCAUGGGCUGUGUUCAAGGUAAGGCAAGCUCUCAACCCCAAGAGCGCAAUAAAGAAGACCACACUCGUAAAGGCAGCUGCAGAGGCAGCCAAAUCUGAUGCCAAGAAGAAAGAGAAGCGUGCGAAAUAAGGGGCUCCCUUCUGGAAUCUGAUCUACUUUGAUGUGUCAUGUAUUCUUUUGUAUAUGUGAAUAAUCUGCAUAUUCUCUCUUUUCUUUCAUCACUGAAUGAAAUGGUUCUAGGAGGUUUCAUGGUUUAUGCCCCUGUUUGAGUGGUGGCAAUUGUGAAUAGUUUUUGUUUUAAUGUGAGAGGAUUGUGAUGAACUGAAUUUUCUCUGGUUGGUAAGGAGUAAAAAAUUGUUAUUCAUGUUUCUGGAAUUGAAUGAAUGAUCAUAGUAAUAUUUGAUUA